AUGAUGAACAGCAAGGGGAUUCAAUUCUCCAAAGCGAGGACGGCGGGUACCAGUGUGAAGGUAUUCACAAAUACACCAGCUGACUACCGUCAGCUAGUCGCACUGCUGGAAUCCAUCAAGCGGCCCUUCUUCAUCUAUCCACUGAAGGAGGACAGGAUGGACCAGAGGGUCAUUCGUGGGCUACCCAGAGAGAUGUCAGUCAAUGACAUCAAAGAGGAUCUAGUGAGCCAAGGCAUCGCAGACGCCGAGGUUCAGCAGAUGACCUCAAGGACCACAAAGAAGCCACUUCCGCUCUUCCUCGUCAAGACGAAGAUGCCGGAAAAGCUUGCAGAGAUCCAGAGGCUGGCCAUGCUCACGGUCAGCUUCGAGAGGAAGAAAAAGUCUUCCGAGCCCAGCCAAUGUUACCGCUGCCAGCGGUACGGGCACACACAGCGGAACUGUCGUCUCGCUGAACGGUGCGUUAAGUGUGGAGAGGACCACAACAGCACCAGCUGCAGUCUGCCAGCGCCGCCAACAGGGCAACGAAACGCCAAAUUUUUUAGUGCUUACGAACCAUAUAGGUUUUUCCUAAUAUGUCUGACCAAUGGAACUGGUCAGAGAGGCAACCACGUGAUGAUGAAUGAAGAUAUGGUACACUUUUUGGUAUUGCUUGCUGUGUAUUAA